AUGGCGUCAGAUAAUUAUUAUUUUGGUUUUGAUUAUAAUUCAAGUCAAGAUAAUGUAGAAAUUGAAUAUCAAAUUGAUUUAUUUGAACUUCGUCAAUUUUCAAAAGCCAAAAAACAGAACAAACAAAAAAUGAGAAUACCUUCAUAUCCAAUCUCAAGAAAAACUCUCAAAUCUCAACAUCCAUUAAUAAAAAUUUAUGGUAUCAAUGACAAAAAAACAUUAGAAGUUGAACAAAAAAUAUUUCGUUAUACUCGUUAUCUACCAAAAAAAGAUAAAAACGAAAUAAAUUUUUUCGAAUGUGAUAAAAAAUUUCGAACGAAAUCAGAUUGUGUUCAACCCAAUUUAUCAUUUCAAACUGUACGUCCACAUGAUUUCAAUACGUUUCGUCGUCAUUUCUAUGGCGUAAAUCAUCAACAAAUUAAAUCUUCUUUUAAACAUCAAUCCAAUAUUGAAAUUAUUAAUAUUCGUCUUGCACCAAUCGAUAAAUCUGUUCAAAAUGAUUUUAUGAAACGAUUUAAUGAAAAUAUUUCGUAUUAUCCACAUUUAGUUUAUCAUGGAACAAAAUUAACUAAUAUCGAAAGUAUUCUUCAUUAUGGUUUUUUAAUACCAAAUCAACCACAUCCAACUAAUAGUAAAGCACCUAUCAUUGCUACACAAAAUGGUAGUGCAUAUGGUUCAGGAAUUUAUUGUAGUGAAACUGCUGAUUAUUCUUUAUCAUAUAGCAAUACUACCAAUACAAUUUUAGUAUGUGCAGCUUUACCGAAACGUAAUGAAACUGGCUUAGUUGAACGUUCUCAUGGAAAUAUAUUAGUUUUAUCACAUGUGUCAGAAAUUAUACCGUUAUUUCUAAUUGAUUUUCGAUAUUUGAGUGGAUCAGGUCUCAAUCAACCUUGGUUUAACCAGAGAUAUUCAUUAAAAAUGAAUGUCGAAAAAGACGCAAACAAACCGCUUAUUAUUUCAAGAAAAUAUUUACGAAAAGUAUUGAAUUAUACGAAGGAUCAAGUACGAAGAAACAGACGAUAUCGAGGCCGAAGGAACAAUCGACGUAAAGUGCGAAGGGAAGAUGAAUAUCAAGUGCGAGUGUUUGAGCCAUUUAGUUAAAAACUUCUAGUGUCACAUAUUUUUAUUGUUAACCAACGUCAAUCAAUAGUUUUGCAAAUUCUGUACGAAUGGAUUUUUUUAUGUAUAACAUUUUUUCUUCUUCGAUUUUGGAAUUAUUGUUUUUUUGGAAGUAUUUUAGUUUAUUUUAAUCGAAAUAAAAAUUUUUGUAUUGAUUUUCUAAGAAAAAGAUGUGUCCGUUUUUUUCGAGCACUUCUCCAGUUAAUAUCAUUUUCAUUAUUUGAUGUAUUUCUUAUUGCUAUUUAUAUCAGCAAAAAAAAAGGUUUAUAGCUACUAUCAGAAUAUAUGAUAGAUUGAAAUGAACAUUACCUUAACAAACACUGUUGAAGUUUUCUUAGU